AUGGUGCUUGCUCCAAAGACUUAUCAGUUCUUGGUGGGCGUGUUCGCCUCUAUGGGAUCGAUCCUCUAUGGCUAUGAUUUGGGAGUUAUUGCUGAAGUUAUUUCAUCCGAAACAUUUGUGACCUUUUUCAACAAGCCCGACUCGACCAAGACGGGAAUCGUAGUGUCUUUCUUCACUGGUGGAGCUUUCUGUGGAGCAGGAUUAGCUGGACCUUGCGGAGACAAACUUGGAAGAAGAUGGACAAUUGUAAUCGGCUGCGUGGUCUACCUCCUCGGCGGCGCCCUCCAAACCGGAUCACAAUCCCUUGAUUAUCUCUGGGCUGGACGCUGGCUUGCAGGUCUUGGUGUCGGAUUUCUCGUCAUGAUCAUUCCUCUCUACCAGGCUGAGAUCGCUCACCCUUCGAUACGUGGCACAAUUACAGCUCUGCAACAGUUUAUGCUGGGCAUAGGAGCGUUUGUUGCCGGCUGGGUGUCAUACGGAACGUACGUUGGCAUCAAGCACUCUACAGCUCAAUGGCGUGUUCCUCUUGGGAUUCAGAUGAUUCCAGCAGUGGUACUUGGAGCUUUGAUCAUGACCUUCCCAGAAAGUCCACGUUGGCUCAUUGAUCACGGACGACCGGACGAAGGCUUACAGACUCUGGCUCAACUCCACUCUAAUGGCAAUGUAGAAGACCCCUGGGUACGCGCCGAAUACGACCAGAUCCAAGAAAGCAUCACAUUCGAGCACGAACACGAGGCGAAGUCAUACUUUGAACUUUUUACAAACAGAUCAUCAUUCAGACGUCUCUUUAUCGCCUGUGCCUUGCAGGCUUCUAUUCAGAUGACUGGCGUGUCUGCAAUCCAGUACUACAGCGUAAAGAUAUAUGGCCAGAUUGGAAUUCUAGGCUCUGAUGCUUUGAAGUACCAAGCUAUCAAUAAUAUCAUCGGAUUGCUCGGUGAAGCGUUUUGCGUCUUGUUUGUUGAUCGACUUGGAAGACGAAGGCCACUCAUUGUCGGAAAUCUUUGUAACAUGGUCUGCUUCCUCAUUGCAUGCGUUUUGAUUGCAGAAUUCCCACCUGGUUCAAGCAACAACAAUGCUGCUUCCUGGGGAUUCAUCGUCAUGACCUGGCUCUACAAUUUCUCCUUCUCCUGCACAUGCGGACCGCUCUCCUGGAUCAUCCCAGCCGAAAUUUUCGAUACUCGCACUCGCUCCAAAGGUGUAUCGAUCGCCACUAUGGUGUCCUUCGCCUUCAACACGCUGAUUGGGCAAGUGACGUCCACAGCCAUGACGAACAUCGGCUACAAAUACUACUUCGUCUUCAUCAUCUGCAACUUCACCAACGCCGUGUUCUUCUAUCUGUUCUUGCCAGAGACCAAGGGCCUGCCGCUCGAAGAGAUGAAUUAUCUUUUCACAAAUGCACCGUUCCUUGUGGCGGGACAUGAUAAGAGCAAGUAUAAGGCGGGGUAUGCGGAUGAUUUGGAGAGAAGAGCGUUGGAGAUUCAUGAGAAGGGUGGGGUUUUGGGACAUGGUGAGGAGGUUAUUGAGCAUACUACUAAUUGA